UAGCCGGCUUGCGUGUGUGUGUGUGUGUGUGUGUGUGUGUGAGAGAGAGAGAGAGUGAGAGAGAGUGCGCUGGGUGUUCGGGCAUCCCCCCCAGUUGUCAAGGACGAGGACGAGGAUGUGGAUGAGGGGUCUGAGUGAAACAUCCAGUCUUGACAGUGGUGAAAGAGUGAGAACUGCGUGUCUUGGCUGUUAAAUUGUGUUUAUUGAUAUAUAUUUGAAGUUGACGCAGUGAGUUGAGUUGUGGUUCAGGUCGCUGGGACACUGCGGCUGCACUGUGGGACCACCCCGGGAUUUCAUCACAGGCCUCUGAAUGAAGUGAGCUCAGAUGGACCGGAUGAAGAUUAUUAAGAGACGCUUGUCUAUGAGCCUGCGCAGCGCCCGGCCAGUGGAUGAAAACCUGUCAGAGCUUGCCGAACAUGCAGCAGCAGAUGAGCCACCUACGGCACGGGAUAAUGAGACCAUGGUUUGCCCCGUGCCCCCUCCCGCAUCCCAAAGUGCCCCUUCGUUCUUGCGCCACUACGCAGGGGGUUUGGGGCGCGGAGCGAUGCGUAGAGAUGGCCUGGACCGACCCUACCUUUCUCUUCACCGGACUGGCUCUCUUGGAAUAGUACAUGAAAAUGAGAAAAUGGGAUCCGAUGGAGAGAGUGAUCAGGCGUCAGGGACUUCAUCGGACGAGGUGCAGAGUCCUGUCCGAGUGCGAAUGCGUAACAAUAACUCACGGCGUAUCUGCAAUGAGGACAUUAAUAAGCGUCUAUCACUGCCAGUGGAUAUCCGUUUGCCAGAGGGCUAUCUGGAAAAAUUUGCUAUGAACAGUCCUCCCUUUGAUAAACCCUUGAGUCGGAAGCUACGGCGAGCAUCCCUGUCUGAAAUCGGCUUCGGGAAACUGGAGACAUACAUCAAAUUGGACAAGCUCGGUGAAGGAACCUAUGCAACAGUGUAUAAGGGGCGCAGUAAGCUGACUGAUAAUCUUGUGGCUCUGAAGGAGAUUCGGCUGGAGCAUGAAGAGGGUGCACCAUGCACUGCUAUUCGUGAAGUAUCCCUCCUGAAGGAUUUAAAACAUGCAAACAUUGUCACUCUUCAUGAUAUCAUCCACACGGACAAGUGCCUAACACUGGUCUUUGAGUACCUGGAAAGGGAUCUAAAGCAGUACAUGGAUGACUGUGGGAACAUCAUGUGUGUUCAUAAUGUCAAAAUCUUCCUCUUUCAGCUGUUGCGAGGACUAGCAUAUUGCCAUCGCCGCAAGGUUCUACACAGAGACUUGAAACCCCAGAAUCUUCUCAUAAAUGACAGGGGAGAGCUCAAGCUCGCUGAUUUUGGUUUGGCUCGAGCCAAAUCUGUACCUACUAAGACAUAUUCUAAUGAAGUGGUCACACUCUGGUACAGACCACCGGACGUGUUACUAGGAUCAACAGAGUACUCCACUCCUAUUGACAUGUGGGGGGUUGGCUGUAUAUUCUAUGAGAUGAUAACAGGUCGGCCUCUGUUCCCUGGGUCUACAGUUGAGGAUGAACUUCAUCUCAUAUUUCGCAUCCUAGGCACUCCUACUGAGGAGUCCUGGCCAGAGGUCAGUACCAGUGAAGAGUUCAGAAACUAUAACUUCCCUCGAUAUCGCCCUGAACCUCUUGUCAAUCAUGCACCCAGGAUAGACAGUGAUGGCAAUGACUUAAUUAUGCAGUUCUUACAGUUUGAGGCAAAGCAGCGUGUUUCAGCAGAAGAAGCUCUCAGGCAUCCCUACUUCAAGAGUUUGGGGGAGCAAGUGCAGCAUCUGUCUGACACGUCCUCCAUCUUCUCUGUGAAGGAAAUCCAACUUCAGAAGGACCCAGGAAAACGUACAAUAGCAUACUCCGAUUCAGUGGGCUACACCUGUUGCAACUGCCUUCUUCAAAUCCCACCAGAGAUUUUCUAUGGGGUUCAAGUCAGGUGACUGUGAUGGCCCUGUAGAAUCUUCCAGGACAAGUUCUGCAACCAAGCCUUGGUGGAAUUUGACGUAUGCUUGGGAUCAUUGUACUGUUGGAAGGUCCAAUGACGCCAAAGUUUCAGCUUCCUCACAGACGGCAUGAAGUUUUCUCCUAGGAUUUCCUGAUACGUCAAUGAAUCCAUCUUGCUUUCCACACGCUGCAGGUUUCCAGUGUCAGAGGAUGCAAAGCAGCCCCAGAGCAUCACCGAGCCACCACCAUGCUUGACUGUGGACACAGUGUACUUUCUUCAUUCUUCUUCCUCCAGACAUACCACUGAUCCAUCGUGCCGAAAAGUUCCAGUUUUAUUUAAUCGCUCCACAAAACAGAAUCCCAAAACUUCUGUGGCUUAUUUGUAUGAUUUGAGCAGACUUUUCUUGUUCUUUUGGGUCACUAGUGGUUGUACGUCUUGGAGUUCUGGCAUGGAAACCUUCUGCGUUUAGUACGCUCCAUUCUGUGCUCACUGAAACCUCAGUGCCUGUUGCCACCAUGUCUUUCUGCAGGUCUUUUGCAGUCACUCAAGGGUUUUUCACAACCUACCUUCUCAGAAAUCUGGUUGCAGCCAUUGAUAGCUUCCUUUUUCUACCCUGUCCAGGUAUUUCAUAUAUUUUCUGCCCAUUUCUGCCCCUAGCCAGUUCAGGUAUUUCAUGUGUUUCAGCUCAAGCAAACCUGGUGCAACUAAUGAAGCCCUUGAUUAGUUGCAUCAGGUGUGCUUGAGACAACACCUGUUUUGCCUGUUUGUGCUGUUGCGAGGGAUUCUAUUCAGGGGGUUGAAUAAUUUUGAAACUGGAGAUGUUAUUAUAAGUUGCAUUUUCAGUUGAAUUUGGGGAAAACCACUUGAAGUAUUCAUUGUGUUUAACUAUUUCAACUGCUUUUGUAUGAUUUGUUCAUUGCAAACAGCUGAGAGUCUAAAUUUUGACAAUAAACCUGAUUUGCAAUGGGAGUUGAAUGAUUUUGUUUGCAACUGUAGAGAACUACUGGCACAACGGUGCAUAGAAAACAAUGAGCCUUUUUUUAACUGUACUAACACAAAGUAGAUGUGUAUAAUAAAUUUGCCUGUAAUUGUAAACAGGCCACACAUGCACUACCAUGUCACUGAUACAUCAGCCAAGUAAUAUCUAUUCUGCAGUGGACUUGUGAUUGUCCCUUUCUGUUCAUGCAAUUGACAAACUGUGCUUACAGUCAGUGGCUAUAUUCUUAUAAAGUGACAUACAGUGCAUCCGGAAAGUAUUCACAGCACUUCACUUUUCCCACAUCUUGUUAUGUUACAGCCUUAUUCCAAAAUGGAUUAAAUUAAUUAUUUUCCUCAAAAUUCUACAAACAAUACCCCAUAAUGACAACAUGAAAGAAGUUUGUUUGAAAUCUUUGCAAAUAUAUUAAAAAUAAAAAAACAAAAAAAAAAGCACAUUUACAUAAGUAUUCACAACCUUUGCUCAAUACUUUGUUGAAGCACCUUUGGCACCAGUUACAGCCUCAAGUCUUUUUGAGAAUGAUGCUACAAGCUUGGCACAGCUAUUUUUGGGCAGUUUCUCCCAUUCUUCUUUGUAGGACCUCUCAAACUCCAUCAGGUUGGAUGGGGAGUGUCGGUGCACAGCCAUUUUCAGAUCUCUCCAGAGAUGUUCAAUCAGGUUCAAGUCUGGGCUCUGGCUGGGUCACUUAAGGACAUUCACAGCGUUGUCCUGUAGCCACUCCUUUGUUAUCUUGGCUGUGUGCUUAGGGUCGUUGUCCUCUUGGAAGAUGAAUCUGAGGUCCAGAGCACUCUGGAGCAGGUUUUCAUCAAGGAUCACUCUGUACAUUGCUGCAUUCAUCUUUUCCUUGAUCCUGACUAGUCUCCCAGUUCCUGCCACUGAAAAACAUCCCCACAGCAUGAUGCUGCCACCAUGCUUCACUGUAGGGAUGGUAUUGGCCAGGUGAUGAGUGGUGCCUGGUUUCCUCCAGACAUGACGCUUGCCAUUCAGGCCAAAGAGUUCAAUCUUUGUUCAAUCUUUGGUCUGUGAGUCCUUCGGGUGCCUUUUGGCAAACUCCAGGCGGCCUGUCAUGUGCCUUUUACUGAGGAGUGGCUUCCAUCUGGCCAUUAUACCAUUCAGGCCUGAUUGAUGGAGUUCUGCAGCGAUGGUUGUUCUUCUGGAAGGUUCUCCUCUCUCCACAGAGACAUGCUGGAGCUCUGUCAGAGUGACCAUCAGGUUUUUGGUCACCUUCCUGACUAAGGCCCUUCUCCCCCGAUCGCUCAGUUUGGCCGGGUGGCCAGCUCUAGGAAGAGUCCUGCUGGUUCCAGACUUCUUCCAUUUACGGAUGAUGGAAGCCACUGUGCUCAUUGGGACCUUCAAUGCUGCAGAAAUUUUUCUGUACCCUUCCCCAGAUAUGUGCCUCAAUACAAUCCUGUCUCAGAGGUCUCCAGUCAAUUCCUUGGACUUCAUGGCUUGGUUUGUGCUUUGACAUGCAUUGUUAACUGUGGGACCUUAUAUAGACAGGUGUGUGCCUUUCCAAAUCAUGUCCAAUCAACUGAAUUUACAACAGGUGGACUCCAAUCAAGUUGUAGAAACAUCUCAAGGAUGAUCAGUGGAAACAGGAUGCACCUGAGCUCAAUUUUGAGUGUCAUGGCAAAGGCUGUCAAUACUUAUGUAAAUGUUUUUUUUGUUUGUUUUUUUAAAAUAAAUUUGCAAAGAUUUCAAACAAACUUUUUUCAUGUUGUCAUUAUGAGGGGUGAGGGGUGGGGGGGUAUUGUAGAAUUUUGAGUGAAUUUAAUGCAUUUUGGUCCAUUUUGGAGUAAGGCUGUAACAUAACAAAAUGUGGGAAAAAUGAAGCGCUGUGAAUACUUUCCGAAUGCACUGUAUAUAAUAGGUGAACCAAAUGAAAUAGCCAAUGAGUGUAUCUAAAAGGUAGUACCUAAUAAACUGGUGUGUGUGUGUGUGUGUGUGUGUGUGCGUGCCUGUUUGCCUGUGAACUGUACUUGUAUGUGAAACUAAAUGGACAGUUAAACCAUAUGAAUUAAAAUUUAAUGAAAUGUA